AGGACGGGCGUCUACGGUGGCCGCGGAGGCUCAGAAGCGUUUGCAAAACGGAACCCAGGGAGCUUUCGGGGCCGUCCGCGAUGGCGGCGCACCUGAAGAAGAGAGUCUAUGAAGAGUACUCCAAAGUGGUUGUCCAGCAACAGCAGCAUGAAGAGAUCACGGCGAAGAAACUCCGGCUGACCAAGCCCAGCAAGUCUGCUGCCCUCCACGUGGACCUCUGCAAGGCCACUUUGCCUGCCGACGCGCUCCAGUACCUACUGCAAUUUGCCAGGAAGCCUGUCGAGUCCGAAAGCGUGGAAGGCGUCAUCCGGGUCUUGCUGGAGCAUUUUUAUAAGGAGAACGACUCCUCCGUCCGACUGAAGGUGGCUUCCCUGUUGGGUUUGCUCUCCAAGACCCCCGGGUUUUCUCCUGACUGCAUUCUGGACGACGCCAUUAACACUCUUCAGAACGAGAAAUCCCACCAGGUCCUGGCGCAGCUGCUGGAUUCUCUGCUGGCAAUAGGGAUGAAGCUGCAAGAGAGCCCGGCGGUCCGGUCGCGCCUGGUCGACGUCGCCUGCAAGCAUCUGACCGACUCCUCCCAUGGCGUGCGGAACAAAUGCCUGCUGCUGAUCGGCUUCCUCGGGAGCAUGGAGAAAGGCGCCUCGAAAGAAGGAGAAGGCCAGCCUGCCAGAGAUGUCCAGAAGAUCAUAGGGGACCACUUCAACGACCAGGACCCUCGAGUGAGGACGGCAGCCAUCAAAGCGAUGCUCCAGCUGCACGAAAGGGGGCUGAAGCUGCAACAGACAAUUUAUAGCCAGGCCUGUAAACUCUUAACAGAUGACUACGAACAGGUCCGGAGUGCUGCAGUUCAGCUUACCUGGGUUCUCAGUCAGCUUUAUCCAGAAAGCAUCGUCCCAAUUGCCUCGUCUAACGAAGAAAUCCGCCUGGUCGACGACGCAUUUGGGAAGAUUUGCCACAUGGUCAGCGACGGCUCAUGGGUGGUGAGAGUCCAGGCUGCGAAGCUGUUGGGAUCCAUGCAGCAAGUCAGUUCUCACUUCUUAGAACAGACCCUGGACAAGAAACUGAUGUCUGACCUGCGGAGAAGACUCACAGCCCAUGAACGAGCCAAGGAGCUUUACAGCUCCGGUGAAUUCUCGAGCGGCAGGAAAUGGGGAGACGACGCUCCCAAAGAAGAAGUAGACACGGGGGCCGUGAACUUAAUAGAAUCGGGUGCAUGCGGAGCUUUUGUCCACGGCCUCGAGGACGAGAUGUACGAGGUCCGGAUCGCCGCGGUGGAAGCCCUCUGCAUGCUGGCCCAGUCUUCGCCCUCUUUUGCGGAGAAGUGUCUCGAUUUCCUGGUCGACAUGUUCAACGACGAGAUAGAAGAGGUGCGGCUGAAGUCGAUUCACACCAUGAGGAAGAUUUCCAACAACAUCACUCUCCGGGAGGACCAGCUAGACAUGGUGCUCGGGGUCUUGGAGGACUCUUCCCGAGAUAUACGGGAGGCUCUCCACGAACUGCUGUGUUGCACCAACGUCUCGACAAAAGAGGGAAUCCACCUCGCCCUGGCGGAACUCCUGAAAAACCUCACCAAGUAUCCCACUGACAGGGACUCCAUCUGGAAGUGCUUGAAGUUCCUGGGGGGCAGGCACCCCACGCUGGUGCUCCCCCUUGUUCCCGAACUGCUGGGGACCCACCCUUUCUUUGACACCCCGGAACCUAAUAUGGAUGACCCGGCUUAUAUCGCGGUCCUGGUUCUGAUCUUCAACGCCGCCAAAUCGUGCCCCACGAUGCCGGCCCUCUUCUCGGACCACACGUUCCGGCACUACGCUUACCUUCGAGACAGUCUCUCUCACCUUGUACCCCCCCUGAGACUGCCCGGGAAGAAGCUGGUGUCCUCUCCCGUUUCGGCCACUCGCGCUCUCCAGGAGGACCCUUCGCAGGAGUUCCUGCAGCAGAGCCUGGAGAGAGUUUUCGGCCUUCAGCAUUUAGACCUGCCGGGCACCCAGGAGCUACUUGAGUUCACGAUUCGGGACCUUCAGAGGUUCGGAGAGCUCCAGUCUGAAUUGGCGGGGAUGGCGGACUUCUCCGCAGCCUACCUCCGAUGUCAGCUGCUGCUUAUUAAGGCUCUCCAGGAGAAGCUGUGGAACGUGGCCGCCCCGCUGUACUUGAAGCAGAAUGCUCUGGCAUCCGCAGCGGCAAAACAGAUCAUGGAAGAAACGUACAAGAUGGAGUUCAUGUACAGCGGCGUUGAACACAGGCAGGUGGUCAUCAUCCACCACAUGAGGCUGCAGGCGAAAGCGUUGCAGCUCAUCGUGACGGCACGGACCUCGAGAGGGGUAGAACCUCUCUUUGGAAUGUGUGAGAAGUUUUUACAAGAAGUGGACGCUUUUCAAAGGUGUUUCAUCGCCGAGCUCCCCCAUAUGCAGGACAGCUUCGUGGACAGGCUCCUAGACCUGAUGCCGCGGCUGGUGACCUCCAAGUCUUCCGAAGUCGUCAAGAUCCUUCAGACGGUGCUGCGGCAGAGUAGCUUCCUUCGCCUCCCGCUCCCGGAGAAGAUCCACAGAGCGACCUCCACCAUCAUCGAACCAGCAGGAGAGUCGGACAACCCACUGCGGUUCACGUCAGGGCUGGUUGUCGCCUUGGACGUCGACGCAACUCUGGAACACGUGCAGGAUCCUCAGAACACGGUUAAAGUUCAGGUAUUAUAUCCAGAUGGGCAGGCCCAAGUGAUCCACCCUAAACCGGCUGACUUUCGAAAUCCUGGACCUGGGAGGCACAGAUUAAUUACUCAGGUGUACCUCUCGCACACUGCCUGGACAGAGCCAUGUCAUAUCGAAGUGCGGCUGCUCCUGGCGUACAGUUCCGACAGAAACAAAAGCCCUGCGAGGCACUUGCGGGCCAGCUGGGGGGACGGCACGGAACUCCUCCCGCUGUCCGAGAACGGCAUCGAAGGGACCAUCCCAUUCAGCAAGCCUGUCAAAGUGUACAUCAUGCCAAAGCCAGCCAGACGGUGA